AUGACAGUGGUCGACUUGACAUUCUAUACGGUGUUGAUGUCAUCGGUACUGUUUGCCAUCAAUGAGAAACCAUGGCUGUCCAUCCAACACAUGAAGGCGUCACAAUGGAAGAACCUGGCAUUGUUUGCCGUGCUCAACACUGGCUCACUAUUGCUCUGGAACACUGGUCUCAAGUAUAUCGGACCAUUAGGCGCAUUAUUGUUGACAGACUAUACAUUUGAAACAUAUCCGAUUAUAUUGAAUAACUUGAUGCAGGGCAACUUGUUUGGAAAUGAUGUGGCGCGCGCUACAUUGAUGUUGGUUGGUGGCUACUUGUCGAUCCCUUUGUUUGGCGGUGUGACAGGCACAGGCACACCAUACUCCACACUGUUCUUUGGCGGCGUCUGUCUGGUGGUCUACAAUCUGUUGGGCAGCAGUGGUAUCAUUCACAAGUGGCAGCACAGCCAUGGAAGCGGCAGUGGCACGGCGGGCGUGCAGAACAGCAAGAACAAGCUGCACUCACUAGGCAUGCUGGCGUCGUCGCUGCUGCUGCUCGUUCUAAAGGUGUACGAGUACUCGACCACCCCAUACUCGGCCAUGCCUCCAGCCGACACGACGUCGCACGAGCUGUUCCACCUGCUGCAGCUGUUCUUUGUCGCGCUCUUUGGAACAUUCCUCAACCAUCACAUCGACUCAAUCAUCGAGCAACAGCUUGGCUUCCUCGUCUACAGCAAGGCGACCCUUACAUCCUAUCUCAUCACCUCUGCCGUCCUCUCCCUGUUCCUUGGCUUCAGCACCUGUCUCCCACCCCUUCUAAUCAUCAGCUUCAUGCUCAUCCUCACAGCUAUACAUAUACUAUUCUCCAAGUCCAAUCAAUUUGAUGGCGGUGCCAAUCAAGGACUGAUGGGAUUGGGCGCUGGCGCGAUGGCUACAAAGUCCACAUCAUCACUCAGUUUCAUUAUGAAGGAUGUCGUUCGCCAGAUUGUGGAGAAACCGACAUCUAGACGUAUCUUUAUCUUCUUGGUAGUCAAUCUGAUGUUCAUGUUUGUCGAGAUGGCCUAUGGUAUCUGGACCAACAGUCUUGGACUGAUCACUGAUGCCUGCCACAUGCUAUUUGACGCGACGGCAUUGUUCAUUGCACUCGUGGCCGAGGUCAUCUCACAGUGGAAGCCCAACGAGACCUACACCUAUGGCUACGGUCGUGUCCAAAUCCUCUCUGGUUUCGUCAACGGUAUAUUCCUGAUAUUCAUUGCCAUCACCAUCUUGAUGGAGUCAAUCGAAAGGCAUGUUCUAAGUCUCGCGCCCAACCUAACCCCAACCCCAACCCUAACCCUUACCCUUACCCUACCCUCACUCAAACAAUCAAUCAGACUGAUGGAGCCACCAGAGAUCAACACUGAUAAGUUGUUGUUGGUGUCUGUGUUGGGAUUCAUUGUUAAUAUGGUUGGCGUGUUCUCAUUCCAUGGCGAUCAUGGACACUCACAUGGAGGUGGAGGCGGCCACUCACACGCACACGGCGGCCACCACGAGGAGCCAGCCGAUCUGCUGGCACAAGGCCAACAACAACAACAACCAAAGAAGCGUAGUGUCAACAUCGAUGGAGUGUUCCUCCAUCUGCUGGCCGACACAUUGGGCAGCGUUGGAGUGAUCAUCUCGUCGCUCAUCAUCCAGAUCUGGGGCUACACCCUGGCCGACCCCAUCUGCUCACUCUGUAUCAGUAUUCUAAUCUUCCUCAGUGUAAUACCAUUGAUCACCAACACAGCCAAGACUCUGCUGCAGUGCACCCCAGAAGCCUUGACCAAGGAUGUCAGUCAAAUCAUUGGCAAUAUAACAAACAUUGAGGGCGUAACAAGAUACAGCGACUUCCACUUUUGGACACAUAGCGAAGAGAUGACAGUAUCGACCAUUAGAGUGUUUGUCGAGCCCAAUGCCAAUGAGAAGAAGAUUCGCAAGGCUAUUGGCAACAUCAUGAAGGACAACCAAAUCACAGCGUCUACGGUGGAGAUUGUCAAGGGCACCAGCAGCCAACAACACUCCUUCCAGCAUUCGAUCCCUCAUGCCUCGUCCUAA